AUGAAUGACCUGUAUUCGCUGUUACGUAGUAUAGACGAAAAAGGCUAUGCACACGAAUUUGCCAAGAAAAAGACGAAUAAAAUUCUGUCAAACUAUGAUAGUCGAAAUGUUACAUCAGCAAGUACACUACAAGCAUUAGGAGAACAUCGUAAGGCGAGGAUAGCAAUCGAAAUAUGCGCAACGAAGACGCGAGAGGAGCAUACGGUUACCACCACUAAGAGAUUCUUUGAUGAAAGGAAAGAGCAACAAAACGAUAGUAAUGAAGAAGAUAUUGAAAACAAUCCUUUUUUAGUAUCGGGUGAAAAAUCGUCAACUGUUUCUUUCCAAGAUCAGUUCUCUCCUUUUCUAGGUGAAAAAUCAUCUAAUGACGAAUCUGAGGAUGAUGAAAUAGCGAAAGAAAACAUUGACGAGGCUAACAUAUCAGACAUAUCAGAAGAGAUCGAUGGCGAUCAGUCUUCAGGUACUAAUUAUAACGAUCCAAGAGAUGUAUCACCAUCUUUGGUUUCUAUUAUGGAAGCAUAUUGUAAAAAAGAAAACAUUUUGCAUAUGCGUGCAAUUUUCCAUAUAGUUUCUUAA